AGAAGAAGACGCUGCAGCUCCAGGUUGGGGCAUCGUGUCCUCUGGAAGCUGUUGACAGGAACAUGACAGUUGGAAGAAACAGCUCGUGCGGUGGAUGACAUGUUGAUAACUCUGUGCUACAUGUACCUGUGGGUCCGCUUCCACAAGUGUUACUCGGUUCUGAUCCGGAACGGGCUGUUCAGACGCAGCGACGGGAAGAGCCUGAGUUUCAGCCGCUGCUCCGGCUCAGGUCCCGGGCAGGAUCCACUCCUGGGCGGGGAGGACGUCUUCCUGCUCCUCGGGGACAAGGCCGUGUACGUGACGGAGCCUCAGGGUUUUGAUGAUCUCAGUCAAUGGACCGCUCUGUUGGGAUCAUCUCUGGUUUGUGGUCCACGAGUUGACAACAUUUCCUUCAUCAUAGAAGCAGCGGGACACAGAGUGGGAUUCCCCUGUCCUCCAGCAACCAAUAAGAAAGUUCUCUGGUGGUCUGACUACUGUUGUCCUUUGGCCUGCAGUCCUGGACAGCCCUUCAGAGCCGUAGCGCAGACAACAGUGGAAAACUUUACCCGUCUUGGAGUUGCUUUUCUUGAAGACCGCCUCCAGCUCGAUAAUGGACUGGUGCCUUCAAAGAUAAUCCCUGUUCUGCUCCAAGAUUGUACUCUCAGUGAGCUGCUGGAGAAGCAUCAGAACCUGAAGAGUGGGAGAAGGGUCUCAAACAGCCACACCACAGACUCUGAGGCAUCACACCUGCAGUGCAGAAAAGGAAGUCUCCUCGUCCUCCCUGAAGUGCAGCAGAGGGCAGAGGAACGACGAGGCUCAGAACCUCUCCCCAGCAGCCAACAUCUAACACCAGCCAUCCACCUUGAGGAACAUUUCUCUGGGAAUCAUCAGCACAUGGAGGGCCACGGACAUCACCUCCAUCUGUCCAGCUGUAAUGAAUGUCUGGAACUGGAGAACAGCACCAUCCUCUCUGUAAAAUAUGCCUCAGCGGAGAACAUUCCAGACCUCCCUGACGACAACUCAGUCGGGGUGGACAGUGUGGAUGAGUGUCUUGAUGAACUGGAUCAUGAUGCCCAAGGGUUUUUAGGUCAAAGCAGUGAGUUUGACUGCAAGAACAGACUACCAAAUGUUCUAGUGUACACAGGCGGUUGCCAGGAGCGUUUUCAGGCAGUUCGUCAGCUUUUAUUAGAUUGUAUAAAUGUGGAAAACAAUAUCAUAUAUCCCCUCCAGCCACAACAAGCACUAAGCGACCCUUGGCUGGAUACCACCAGGCUCCUGGUUCUGGCAGAAGAGGAACCCUUAACCCCAGACCUUCAAACUUGCUUCCUCAACUACCUAAACCAGGGAGGGAAGAUCCUGGGACUGGGGUCCAACCUGUGUCCAGCAGGUCUUUGUUUGGAAGUUAGGGAGGGUGCAGGGAUGAAGCUCCAAAGGCUAAACUUCACCCGGGAGGACAGCACAGAACUGGAAUUGAGCAUGGUGGCCAGUGGAAGGGUGUACAUUAGGGAUCCUCAGGGGGGAGGAGAGGUGGAGCUCUGGGGGGAGGUGAAGGAUGACAAUCUUCAUCGGAGGGACAUGGUCAUCGUCAGGGUAACCCACGGAGAUGACGGUGGAGAAGCUGUCCUUUGUCAGGUACACUUUGACAUCUCACCAAACUCGCAGAAAUUGGAUCCAGAAGGUUUCGCUGCUCUGAAGGUUAGCAAUGCACUUCGAUACGAGGUCCUGAUGGAGAUCCUCACCUCUCUGGGUCUCAGCUGUGAGCCGGAAGAAACUCCAGCCCCAAGCCCGGUCCACCUGCUGGCCACCUCAAAGGAGGCAAAAACCAUUUUCCUAAAGUGGUUACAGACACGUGCAGACCAAAAUGCCGUCCUUACAUUCCCCAAGUCCUCCUUCAGGAUGGUGUCCAUUUCUGACCUCCAGGAUGCUCCUUUACCUUCAGAUGGUUCCUUGGCUCUGGUCACUGAUGCCACAGAGUCCCAGGACCAGAGUCUGUUUGAUAUGGAGACUUACCGUAAAAACCUGAGGACCGGCCAUCUGGGACACACCCUGCUACACGCUGAAGUCGCCACCUCCACCAUGGACCUGCUGGAGGGGAUGACUCAGCUCUUACCAGAGAAGGUUGGCUUAAUCGCUGUGGUGACCCGACAAAGUCAGGGAAGAGGUCGGGGGAGGAACGCCUGGCUCAGCCCGCCGGGAUGUGCCAUGUUCACUGUCAGCGUCCAGGUAGAGCUGAGCUCCAGACUCGGACAGAGGAUUCCCUUCCUGCAGCACCUGGCUGCUUUGGCCAUUGUAGACGCUGUUCGGACACUUCCUGGAUACGAGGACAUUGACCUGAGGGUUAAGUGGCCCAACGACAUCUACUACAGUAACCUGAUGAAGCUUGGAGGGGUGCUGGUGACCUCCACCGUGUUAGGAUCAACGUUUUACCUGCUCAUAGGUUGUGGGUUCAACGUGACCAACAGCAAUCCAACAGCAUGCAUCAACGACCUGAUCCAGAACCAUAACCGUCUGAAGAACGUAAGCCUGCAGCCUCUCAGCUGCCCGCAGCUCAUCGCCAGAACCGUUUCCUGUCUGGAGAAGCUCAUCAGCAGCUUCCAGCAGGGAGGUCCAGAGGCCAUCCUGCCACUCUACUACCACAGAUGGCUCCACAGCGGGGUGGAGGUGCAUCUGUGGAGCGAGGAUGGACCAGAAGCUCAGGUUCUAGGUCUAGAUGACAACGGAUUCCUGCGGGUCCUCACCAAAGAGCGAGGCGAGGUGUCCGUGGAGCCCGAUGGAAACUCCUUCGAUAUGAUGAAGAACCUGGUUGUUGUCAAGCAUCGUUAGGACCAAAAAAAGUCACCACCGUCUCCUCCAACCAACCCAAACUCUGGGACAGAAAACUACCAGUUAUUCAGACACUACUGACCUUUGAUAUCUGAGCUGUUUCCCAGAAACACAGUAAAUGAUGUAAUGGUGCAGAUGGAACACUAGGGUUCCAGUGGAUGUUGCCAUGACUCUCCAGCUGCAGAGUGGUCACCACAGUUGACUACGCCAACUUGACGUCAUUCUUUAGACACUGCUAGACACACCACUGAGUCUCCCUUUGUCCUUCCCAGAAGAAAUGAUGUCCAUGUAAUAGAUGCCAGAUAAGUUCCAGAUAAGUUUCACAGUACAACACCAGUUGGAUUGUAGAUACUAGCAAAAAAGACUAGUGACUGAGGACUUUAUUGGCCUCAGAAACUCAAAAUUAUGGUUUUUGCUUGGUCUUGUAGAGUCCAGCAGGCAGUCUGUUACUCCUCCAACAUUCCCACACUAACAUGAUGGAUUGAACAUAGGAAAAAGUUGCACUGCUGCCAGAAACUGAUGCCAUUUAGUGGAAUCCACAUCGAUGUUUUUAAACUGACUGACUGUUGGAUUACAGCAUAUUUGUCUUUGAAGCAUCAUGAGGCAGCUCUUCACCAGCUAAAUGACCUUCAGCACCUUCAGGUCUGAGCCUGCAGACAGAACUGUUGUCGCCUUUAACAA